AUGGAGUUCGGUGACAGAGCGAGCAAUUUUAGCGUGGAGCUGCUGUAUUACACCGCUGAGGAGACGGAUUGGCACACUGUGAUAUCGCCCCUGGGCGUGUGGAGCCUCCUCAUUGGUGUAUCCAUGGGCACGACUGGGAACGGCCAUGAGCAGCUGCGGCGUGGUCUUUUUUUGUCGAAGAAAAGUAACGGCUUGGCGAGCGACUACAACAAGUUCAUUAAGGACGUGAUCAAGCCUCCGACGACGGAGGUUAUGUUGAAGAACAAAAAUUAUCUCUUCGUGGAUUCCGGUUUCGGGCUGAAGGCUGAAUUUCAGCUGAGUAUCGUAAACGACUUUGGCGCAAAGGUGACAGGAAUGAGAUUCGCGUCCCCGGAGGCGGCGGCGGCCAAAGCCAACAGCGUUAUUCAUAAAUCUGACGCGAGCGUAUCUGAUGUGUUCCACUCCGACGACUUUAGGAAUUCAAAGAUGAUACUGACCAACGUGAUAUCGUUCAAAGGCUUUUGGCGGAUGCCUUUCAAUGAAACAGAAACGCGCGUGCUACCCUUCUACGACGAGAACCACAAAGAAAUCGGCAAAGUAAACAUGAUGCAGCAACAGAAUGACUUUCAAAUUUCCAAUAUCGCCCAGAUCUCCUCUAUGGUUUUGGAGUUGCCAUACGGUGUGGACGACCACUAUUCCUUCCUGGCUGUCCUGCCGUACUUCGAAGUGAAACUGUCCGAAGUGUACGGCGCUUUAGAGAAGGUCAGCAUAAGAGAUAUCUUGGAGAAACUGCGGUCGGACAACGAGAUGUUCGGCGAGUCUAAGGUAAUGGUCAGCUUGCCGAGGUUCAAGAUCAGCACAAACGUUAUCCUGAACAGGCCACUUCAGAGCAUGGGCGUAGUAGAUAUUUUCGACCCGAAUACUUCUAGCUUCCGCCUGAUCUCGAAAAAUGAGGGCCUGUAUGUUUCGGCGAUCGUCCACAAGGCUGACAUAGAAGUGACGGAAACAGGAACGGUCGCGUCCGCUGCGACAUCGGCGUACUUCGCCGAUCGUGCGCUGCCCGGGAAUUUCAACGCUAACCGGCCCUUCCUCUACUUCAUCAUCGAAAAGUCCACAGGGACCAUCAUCUUUAGCGGAGCCUACUCGAAACCCACGAUAUUU